GAUCCACGUGUUGUACGUCGCGGGUCACUUUUCAACUCGCCAUGUUGUUCGCGUGGGCCGCGUUGGUGGCGGCACUGGUGCACCCCGUGGUCGGCUACGUCGCCGAGCACAAAAUCACGUCGCUGCCGCGGUACAACGACCCCAAGCCCAUCAACUUUGACCAGUAUGCGGGCCAUCUCGUGCUGCCGUCGACUGGGCAGCGCAUGUUCUACUGGCUGGUCGAGGCCGAACACAACCCCGAGACCGCGCCGCUCGCGCUCUGGCUCAACGGAGGCCCUGGCUGCUCGUCGUUGAUCGGAUUCUUCACCGAGAACGGUCCGUUCGUCGUCGCGUCCGACCUGUCCGUGAAGCGCAACCCGUACGCGUGGAACCGGCACAUGAACAUGGUGUACUUGGACUCGCCGGCCGGCGUCGGCUUUAGCAAGCCGCUCCUGAACGCGACCGACUACAACAACGACGUCACCACGGCGCGCAUCUUUGAGUUCCUCGGCGUCUUUGUGGACGAGUUUCCCGUGUACAAGCACCGGCCGUUGUUCGUCACGGGCGAGAGCUACAACGGCAUGUACAUUCCGUUUUUGGUCCACGACAUGGUCGACAAGCCCAAGCCGACGAUCAACUUGGUCGGGUUCGCCAUCGGGAACGCAUACACGGACACCCACAUCGACGGCAAGAGCUACUACGACUGGAUCUACUCACACGCGCUCAUCUCGCACGCAACGUACAUGGCGCUCCGGACGCACUGCCAGGACGACGUCAGCGAGUGCGCGGACGGGACCAAGCAGUGCUCGGCCGAAUGCGUCGCCGCGCUCGACGACUCGCGCAUCUCGUCCGACAUUGGCGACUUGAACGAGUACUUUAUCUACGGCGACGUGUGCUUGCUCAAGACGCGCCAAGCGCAGUCGUUUACGUACCACCGCAUUCGACCGAACGUGCGCGGGAAUGUCGGGCCGUGCGCCGACGUGUUUACGCAAGAGUACUUGCGACUGCCCGAGGUCCAGGCAGCCGUCCACGUUGCGGAUGGAUUCGUGCCGUGGGUUGAAUGCAACGACGCGGUGUCGGAUGUGUAUCACGGAUCGGCGUCCGCGCUCGACAAGUACCCUCGCAUCCUCUCGGCGGGAUUACAGAUCCUCAUCUACAGCGGCGACGCCGACUCGAACACCAACUUUAUCGGGUCCGAGCGAUGGAUCACGACGGAAGGGCUCGAGCUGCCCGUCGUGUCCAAGUGGAAGGCCUGGUUUGGCCCAGACCGCCAGUUGGCCGGGUACACGCAGGGGUACAAAGGCCUCAACUACUCGACCGUCAAGGGCGCCGGCCACAUGGUCCCCGCGACGCGCCCGCUGCACAGCCUGUACUUGAUCGAGUGCUUCAUCUAUGGCCAGCACGCGUGCGACCGCUUCACGUACCCCACCGACAACUUGGAGUACGUGAGCGGGAUGGUGUCGAGCCCGGUCAACGACAAACCGGCCAUCUCGACACUCGAAUGGGUCGCGCUCGUCCUGCCGCUCGCCGUCGCCGUGCUGUUUGUGACGUGGUAUGCAUGGUGGAAGCACGUGUUGGUGCUUGGCUCGUCCACCCGCGUAAAAACCAACGGUAGUAGCGUUAAUUAAUGCGAUCGCGUCCGCUCCAUCGUCGCCAUCAUCGCAUACGAUCGAGGUCGUUCCUCACCGGCGGCGCCAUCCCGCGAUGCCGUCGACCGACCGUCCUCGUCGUCCGCUUACAAUUUCGCAUACGCAGUCGUUCGGUCCAAGUGCUUUUUUGCCAUGACAGCGAUCGCCAUCGCGGCAAAUACAGCGAUCAUCCCGUACAGACUCAGGUCGUGCACAACGUCAUGGCCGGUCGCGUCGGUCGUGC